GUCAGGAGUAGCAUCUUGACAAUGACGAUACGUUCCCAAGGGGUUUGGAUUGUCACAGAGGGAAUAGGCUCGGUUGGUUACUCUGUGGUUGGAUGUACAACCGGAAUAAACAAGAACUGUAUCGACGUAAUAGCACAUGUCUUUCCCUCUGGAAUGAUAAAAGGCUUUGUGGUGUUGAUUGAAAAGGACACUCGAUGCCAACGGAAUUGUCUUUAAAAGCACGAGGGUUCAAAAUGGUGGCAUAAGCUGGACGCAAACGGUUGCAUGCAGCAAUGCUCAAAAUAUUGGCGUUAAUCCCAAUCUGGGCUAGGCAAUAGAAAGCUCACCAAUGACCUCAUCAUCUG